GGCGACGCCGACGAUGGCGACAAUUUCUUGGAUGAGGAGGAGCUCGCCGCGCACUUCCACCUCACGUCCACGUGUGUUGCACAAGGUGAUGGCAUCCCACAGUCCGAGAUAGACGCCAACGCCGAGAUUGCCGCUGCUGAGGCUGCAGCAGCAGAAGAGGCCCUUCGUUGCUUCCGGGCCAGCGCUGCUGUGGCUGAUGCUCAACAGCGGCAGUUCCAUGCCUUCAUUGCCCGAAGCUAUCGGAACUUGAUGUCGCCGAAGAGGCGUGGUCACUCCUCUGACCGGCUGAUGUCGCCCCUGUCGCCGCCGAUGCUUUCGCCGACGCCUUCGCCAGAGCCAGGUUCGCCGUUUGUCCACGAUCCGCCUGCGAAGCUGCCAGUGCAGGCAUCUGACGAGGCGACCGGACAGCUCCCGGAUGCAUCACCCGGCGAGAAGUCGCCUGAUGCUUUAGCAUCACUCUCCCCGAGCACUGGCGAUGAGAAGCCACAGUCGGCAUCGCCUGCACCGGCUGCUGCAGAGGUGCAGGCGGGCAGUGGCCCUGGCAAAGCCCCGGCCAAACGUGCAGAAGGCUGGCCUCACGGCAGAUCUCCGUUGCUACGAGAGAGCGCCCAGUCACCAGUAUAA